AUGAGUUUUGUUGAAAAGGGAAUUGAAAGUUUCAAAGAAGGAGAUUACGUCAAGGCAAUAAAUUUCUAUUCGCUUGCGUUGAAAAAUUCAAAUAAACCCUCGUCGAUACUAUAUUCUACUCGAGCCAAAGCCAGUUACUACAGCUACUCGAGUGGCGGGACCGACCCCGAGAGUAUUGGAGCGGUGAAGUGGAAGAAGAUUCUGAGUGAUUUGGAGUCGGCAUUGAAGAUCGAUCAUGAAAACUUGGAUGCAUUAUAUCUCCAAGCAUUAGAAAAAGUUUACGGGGACCAAACUCCAGAAACCGGGUUGAAAUCCCUUUACAAAGUAUACGAAAAGUCUAUCAAUUACCUGGGGAGAUACCAGAAAGCAUACAUUUUACCUCGAGAUAUCUACUUAAGUAUCUUGGAGGUGAAACAUAAAAUAGUUGAUAAAAGAUUGAAAGACAGUGUGCUCAGUUGCCAUGGGCUAUUUCAGAGACUAGUUCAAUACGUUGAACAUGAUUAUCACAAACAACUAGAUGAAUAUGAUUUGAAAAAAUUGGAUAAAAAAUCAUUUGAUUAUGCAACCACAAACUUAUCUCUUAAAUACAAUAAGGAUAUCAAGGAUUUGGUGGCGGUAUUCGAAAACAACCAUAACCAUGCCUUGAUCAAACCCCCAAUAGAUGAUCAUCCCGACCAUCUAUGUGAUCCAAUAUCUUUUACUUUAUUCAUGGACCCGGUCAUCACCCCCUCGGGCCAGUCUUAUGAGAAAUCCUGGCUCUGGAACCACCUUGAAAAAUCCCAAACCGACCCUUUCACCAGAGAACGCCUAACAAAGAAGCAAUGCUACCCCAACCUUUGCUUGAAAAGCUGUGUGGAAGAGUAUAUCGAGUCCAAUAGAAUUAGCUAG